AUGACGUCCGAAAGCUUAGAAAUCGUGCCCUUUGCUGAAGCCACCAGGCUGAACGUGGUAGAUUCCCACGUCUACGCCGCCAACCUCGUCGAAGUUCCCAAUGGCGGCUACGUAGCUUCGUGCAUCUUGCGCGCGGCGUCGGAGUAUCUUGCCGCCCGCGGCCAACCCGACGUCAUCUCCGCCCACUUCGAGUAUGUCAACCGUACCGAAGUAGGCCCGGCCUACCUCAUCAUCCAGGACAUUAAGCUCGGCCGCGCUUCGACAUCGCGCCCUCCCGUCGACCUUGCCAAGAUGGUCAAGGGCGAAGACGCCCACUGGGCCCCGCGACCCAAGUCCCCGAGUCCCCGCACCAACAGCUACGCGCGGGCGCAGCUCAACGUGGAAAUUUUCUCUCCCCGAAAGGGCCAGCCGAGACGUGGCGUUGAGGAGUCGUGGAUCCGGCUGACCUCUGGCGAGGGCUUUACCAACGCAUCGCUCGGCUUUGUCGCCGACGUUUUCCCUACGUCGUGGAAGCUUGGAGGCCAAAGAAGGGUGAAGAAGGAACUAAAGGAUGGUGAUAACGAUUGGAUCUUUGUGCGGACCAGCGCCAAGAGGGUGCAGAAUGGCCGCUUUGAUCUCGACGUUGUCAUCAUGGAUAAGCACGGCGACAUCGUAGCCCUCAGCACCCACGUGUGCCUGAUCCUGUCAUCCGCGAGGAAUCUCGGAGCGAGGAGCACUACAAAGGGGAAUUUGUAA